GUCUCUCAGCAGGACGAUGCUGAUCCUGACGUGCCCGGCUCAGCUGCAGCGCUUGGAGGGAGCCCUGCGGAGGAGCCUGCCCCUCACCCUGCCGGUCUAUGGGGCAGUGAUGAACAUCAACCGGGGCAACCCGGCGGGCAUGGAGGUGGUGGUGGACGCAUGGCCUGAGUUCGGUGCUGUGCUGGCACGGCGCGGAGGAGAGGUGCCGGUGGAUGACUGCUACAGGAACACGAGCGCGGUGUUCUACCGGGACGUGGGUGCUUACCGGGCGCUGCUGGAGACACCGGGGUGCCUGCGCUGGGACGCGGCGUUCCACAUCAUCGGCCUUCAGGAGGGGGUGACCGAGGUGUCAAAGGCCAUCGCGGGGGCCAAGGGCAUCGAGCUCGACAUCUCCCAUUAUUACACCUACCUGCACCCCAACCCCAGCACCAUGCCCGAGCCGCGCCUGGACCCGGGGCUGCGGGUGGGCUCCCUGACCGCAGCCCACCUGGACCUGCUCAACAAGACGUGGCCGUACGGAGGCACCGCUCGGAGCCGGCAGUACCUGGAGGAGCUGCUGCGGCUCUUCCCGAGCCUCUGCCUGCGGGACGGGGCCGGGCAGCCGCUGUCCUGGACGCUGACGGAUCCCUUCGGGGCCGGCACACACGGGUACACGCUCCCUGCCCACCGCCGCAGCGGGUGCAUGCGGACGGUGCUGGUGCUGGCUUCUCGCCGGGCUCAGGCUCGUGGCUUCCCGUCCUUCGGCUUCACGGCCACCGGGAACCGGCCCAUGCAGCGGCUGCAGGAGGAGCUGGGUCACCAGCGCCUGCCCGGGCUGUGCUGUUACAUCCUGCACAACCCCGGCCUGAAGAGAGACUAAACCCCCC